AUGUCUAGAAUUUCUGAUACUGUCAACAGCAUAGGUGAAUUUGGAGCAUAUUCCUCAUAUUUAAGCAAACGUUAUUACAUCGAUUUGACCAAGGACAUAAUCGAACUGCUUAACCAAGACUGGGAGAUCAAUCCAAGCCAACGGUUUAUUUCAGCAACAGCAUUAAUCGGAUCAGUAAUAAUUGAUACUGAAAACCAUCGUGGUCUCUUAAUCUUAGCUUUAGAAGUAUAUGGUCGUGACCCUGACAUUGAUAGCCACGCUGAACAACGCAGCUCCACUGGUUCCACUCUCCAAUCAACACCUGUACCGUCUGUAGGCCAUAAUGAUUUCGAAAUAUGUACCAUGCGCCAAACCGAAGGCAGCAAUGUUUCCAUCAAACUUAUAUUUGGUAUCCACUCUUUCAACGCCUUAAUUACUGCUAGUGCACGCAUUGACAGCGUGGUUCAUCAGCCGGAAUGCGGACCCAAUACUGUCCAUUUGGGUGUGUCUCCUAACUCCCAGUUGAAAUAUAAUUUGUAUCUUGAUUCCGAAUCAUGGUCUGAUUUUUUAGCGCUUGACAAAAAGACUGACUUGCAGCUCAUGCAACUUCGCCAGCUCAGAACUCGCUUCCAUAAACUUGACACGUAUUCUGCUUCGCGAUCCGCAUUAUUUCAUGGUUAUUUACAGCAACCCAUGACUGUAUUUGCAUAUGGCAAGAAUACAACAUCCAUCAAUUCAGGGUCACUAUCAUCAAGGUUCUUAACUAUGUUAGCUACGUCUGUUAUGAGGGAUGGUCAGAAUGCUCAUCUUGGAAAAGUCAAUGUCGAAAACUUGCUUACAGAAUUUAAUAAGGAAACGAAGGCUAAGCGUGUCAUUCAACGGGUACUUGAACUUUUUGGAGACAGUGGAUGA